GCCGCUGCUGGUCCGCCCGUCAGUAACGUGACGGGCUCGGGACAAUCUGGACGCGUAGCAGUUAACUGCCGGGAACUGUGUUGGAAGGUCGAUUCGAACGCGCGCGCGAUUUCUGUGUCUUGUUCUUCGUUCGUUCGGUCCGGACGUCGUUCGUUCGUUGAUCGAUUUCAUUGAACAUACACAUGUUGGGGAUUGGUGGUGGAUGGGGAUCCGGGAACUUUUUGUGAAGCGGGGUUGUGUUGUUGAUCGGACAUCCCGUUCAACGGUGUUUUGGAGCCAAAGAGAAGAAGAAAAGUGAUUAUUUGUCGGAUGAUUACUGCUUUGUGCGGAGUUGAGAGAAGGCGUUAGCCAAGAUCUGCCCUCGGUUCCGGAUUUCGAAGGGGGUUCGGUUGUGGUUUGGGUGGGGUCCGGACGAGUAAGGCCAUUCGGUAUCGUUACUUAAUUAUUCAAACAUAUCCGAGGGAAAUGGGGAUGUACGGUUAUUGGUUACGGGGCUGCCACCGAGCUUGUACAACGAUGUUCAACGACGCGACUGGAAGCAACUUCAGUGUCUUGGCUUGUCGUUACGGGGAUGGGCCGGAUGAAGGACGGCGGUACGUACGCGUACAAGAAGCAGUGUAAUCGAUGAUGGUAGGAAAAGUUCUCGCUGGCACUGAGUGAUAAAAGCAAGCGAAACGGGGAAAAGAGUUGUGUUUGUGUAUGAAGAAGACGCGCCUUUUAUGGGGAAAGGCUUCGUUUGCAGAAAUGCCUAUCGAGAAAUAGUGCUAUUCGGAGUGCGGAAUCCGCCCACCCUCGCUGGCCGUGCGAAAUCGAGCCAAGUCGGUCCGGUAGCUUCAACGACAAGUAAGAAAACGUAGAAAGUUGUGCGAAAAGGGAAAAUCGAUGCUAGGAUACUGCGAAUGUGUGUGCUUCGCUCGAGUUGUAGAGCUGCCGUAUUCUUGCCAAAAAGUUCGAAACUCGGUGUAACUCGGUCCAAAGGCGUAUCGAUGGUCCACAGCAGCGGCUCUCAGGCGUGAUGUUGAAUGGGCAGAAAUAAAUUUUAUUAUUGUUUUCCCUUCUUUCCACCUCGUUGACGCCACCCGAAGUGGUCCAUUUGUAGUAGCUACGUACCUGCACAGCUCGCAAGAAAAGUAAACUUGUCGUCCACGGAGAUUGGAUCCCAGCAGGGAAUCGCGUGUGUUUGAGGCUGGUGUCAACAACAGAGACCCAAAUUAACAGAUAUCAUCCAACGUCGUCGUCGUCGUCGAGAAGAAGAAAGAUUUUCCGUGACCCCCGCCCUUCACGGAAAGCCACCACCCACUGGGAAAUCAACCAUCAGUUCGCCGCGUUUGAUGGUGGCACUUUUCUCCGGAUUUAUUUUCGCAACAAAAGUGAACCAUUCAGCCGGCCUAACAUCAAAAAGAUUCAACCGAAUCGAAACGAGGCCAACCAUCAGCCUGGGUGAAUGAAACAGCAGGUAGUAGCAAGCAAAAACCCGAGUGCACUCCGACUCCAGAUCCAUUAUUCAAACGGAAUACCUAGCAGGAAGGGUUUUCUUUCCCUUCUGGUGAAGUGUCAUCGUCAUCGCCACCCGCCGUUGUUGUCCUACUUGGCGGUAGUGAGCGAGCUCAAGAAGAACAGUGAAAUUGUAGAAUCAUCCCCUGUUUAGUUGAGAGAAAAAAAACAGGUGAAAAGUGAGCGGAAGAAAAACGAAGAAUAGAAGAAAGAGCGGAGUGAAGAUUAAAUUAGGUCUUUUCAGCAGCCAUGAAGAUUGAGUGGAAUUGUGCACUGCAGACACCGCCGUUUACGUGACUCGAUGGAAAAAAGGGCGCCUAGCUUGCGGAAAGGAAAACAACAAAACCGUGGGAACUGCUUUUUUUUUCCUCGCUGAAAGAUCCCCAAACCAAUCUGCUCAAUGUCCGGAAGCGGUCGUAACUAAACCCAAACACACCAUCGCACUAAAUUGCUCAUAAUCAACUCGAACCGGCUGCUAUUUCUGUGAACUGUUCAACAUCCCAAAUCAACCCAAGGCAACCCCUCGAAUGAAACACUCCGCAUAAACUUCCACGAACCACACAACUUAACCGGUCGUACCCCAAGCACCGAAACAACAACAACAGCCACCAUCACCGGAAAAACAAUCGCCACCCCAACUUCCGAGUAGUUACUCAACCCCGCUCUGUCAUCACCAGCAGCAGUGCGUGCGUGCGCCAGUAGGAUAGAACCGGAACGCAGAGCGGCCAGCCGAAAGCUUCAUGUGGCAUAAGCGACGCCUUCGACGCCUACGACGACGACGGUUCGAUGUUGCUCGCCAUGAUGAUGUAUCAGUGCUGCUGCUGCUGUUGCAUGAUAGUUGUUGCGCUAAUGAUAAUGCACUGUCGGGACGCUGCCGCCGCCGCCGCACAUCAAUCAGAUCCGGAAGCCCGUACCGGUCUGCUGCAAUUCACGGAAGUGAUGGACGUCGAUGGCGAGCGGCAGCUGCUGCGUGACGCGAUGAUGAUGACGAUGGCGGACAACAGUGGGGGACUUCCGAGUGCGGAUGAUCCCAAUGUGGGGGAGGUGACGGGUGGGGCCAGUGAAAGUGAACAGGAGGGAGUGGAAGUGAUACGGAAAUCAGGGAUUGAAGGUGGAAGCAGUAGAAAUGCUCUUGGGGUGGAUGAGCUCGAAGGAACGGGGAAAGGAUACCAGACGAAGCAACGUGGGACUACGUUAGCAGGGUCACCCAUGUCGUCGACACUGAGCGACAGUGAUAAUCCAUUGCACACAACGGAUUUCGAUGCGAACACAAAUCCAUCAACACAACGAAGUCUGAGGCCACAUGGCUCCACCACCGUAGUGCCAGUGACAGUAUCGACCGUACCGACCAGCCACACUAGCUCCCCUGCUCCUCAGCAGCCGGACCUGCAUCCGAGCGUUCCGGCACCCCUGCACCAACAUCAACCGCCGGCAGCAACACAGUCACAGUCGGAAAAAGGGCCACCCCCAUUGUCAUCAGCUCAACAGCAGCGCCAUCGAACGAUCAACUCGAUGAAUCUUAAUCCGACGACACCGGCCAUGGUGGUCAAACCGGUCGACGAGCACCGGAAACUGCUCAAAAGCACCGGACCCAUACUGAACUACGUCUUCGAUUCGCAUCCACCGUACUACAAGUCCAACUACUACAACACCCGGUACGGUCCCCACUUUGAAACGGACAACGUAACCAACAUCACAGUGCAGAACGGUGAUGAUUUAUUUCUAAGCUGUAGGAUAAGUUUGCUACAAGAUAAAACGGUGUCUUGGGUCCGCCGGAAACACGGCGAAACAGACCUUCAACUGCUCACAGUGGGGAAGCAAACCUACUCCGGUGAUUCGAGGUACACGAUCGAGUUCCAGUAUCCGAACAACUGGCGGCUCAAGAUAGCGGCGGCCAACAAGAACGACGAGGGCGUCUACGAGUGCCAGAUAUCGACGCAUCCACCCAAAGUAAUAAUCUACUACCUACACGUGAAUGCGCCGGAGGUCCUGAUCGUGGACGAGGAGGGCGAACCGCUCUACGAUAAGUACUACGAGGUCGGUUCGACGAUAAAGCUGAUGUGCCGAAUACGGCACAUGUCGAUGCUGCGAUCCGCCGUCUACUGGAUCCACAACGAGAACAUCCUGAACCAUGACGUCCAGCGGGGCGGAAUCAGCGUCAAGACCAACCUCACCAACAUCGGUGCCAACUCGACGCUGUUCGUGGCCAAAGUGAACAAGCAGGACUCGGGCAGCUACACGUGUUCGAUCGGACCAAACCAGCACUACAGCGUCUCCGUACACGUCCUAAAUGGUACCGCCAAUCCGUACGGAAUCUAUCAGCGAUCGUGUGCCUUCUCAGCGCUGCUCAAAGCAGUCGAUUCGAAAUUCAUCCUGAAGCAACUGCUCUUCCUGAUGCUGCAGCAGCGCCUCGCCAGAUAACAUCAGCAGCAGCACCACCUUCUGCUCGGCGAAAUUCUCCUCGUAGCAACCCCGAUCCUGCUGCUGUUCCACGGAGGCGCAACGUCGCUGUUUGUGCUGUAAACUAGCUAAAAUAAUAUUGUAGUAUUUGUACAGAGAGAAGCAAAUAAGAUGCUAGCGAAAACAACUAAGCUAAGAAAUACACACUAUAAACCCCCUACGGAAGAGACGAAGAUUCCGCAACUCGUCCUCGUGGGUGACUAUUGUACAUUCAAAUUGGAAUGUGGGAGGACAAAAUGCGUAGUUGUACACCUGGGGGGCUGCAUAGAUAACGAGAUCCGAAUGGGGAGCAGGUUCGAACGAUAAGCAGACUUACGAACAACGGAUGGCAGAAACGUGGUCUGGUCUGCCUGUUUAAGCAGUCGGUGUGAUUUUCGCUCUGUUGAAGAUAAAAAGGUUUAUAUGAAGAGAGGAAAGAACUCGGAUCUAAUGUACCUACUUGACUUAGAAUGUAACUACCGGUGUGUAUCACAGCUUGAGUUUUUUAUUGUUGAAGUUUUCCGUUUAGUCAAAACAUGUUUCUAUAGGUUA